GAAUGUAUAGGUUUAGAUAAGUUAUUGAAUGCAAAUGUUAAGAUAAUGGUAAUGGAAUGUAAAGGUUUGGAUAGAAGUCUAAAUUCAUAAAUAUAAAUGGAAUGAAAUGGGUUUCCUGUGUCCCUUGUGAGCAGCUAGAGAACUACAUCCAGGAAAACGUGCGUUCCAGGAUGGAGGAGAUGAAGAGGAACGCCGCCCACACCCAGACGGCGGCCAUGUUGGAAAUGGGAACCAACCUCUUGAGCCAAUCAGCUGAGCAGACCCGCAAACUGACGGAUGUGGAGACCCAGGUGUUGAACCAAACCAGCAGGCUGGAGAUCCAGCUGUUGGAGAACUCUCUGUUCACCAGCCGCCUGGAGAACCACAUCCUGCUGCAGAACCAGGAGAUCUCACGACUCAACCACAAAAACAGUCUCCUGGGGCAGAGGGUCUCCUCCCUGGAGGCCAGGCACCAGAGGGAGCAGCAGGACCUGAUGGAGCUGGUGGAGAGGCAGAGCUGGCUGGUGGGGCAGCUGCAGGCAGGGCUGGGGGCGUCCAGCCACAACAGCAGCCUGCUGCAGAGACAGCAGGCCUCCCUCACAGACACCGUGCAGCAGCUCCUGGCUCUGGUCACACACUGCAACGAAAUCUCCAGCCCUCCUAUAGAGGAGGGGUCCAGUCUGAGGGACUGUGCUGAGCUCUUCAGGUCAGGGGUCACAGAGAGCGGCGUCUACAGCAUACGGCUCCCCAACUCCACACGCACCGUCAAGGUGUUUUGUGACAUGAAGACGAGAGGAGGAGGCUGGACGGUUCUACAGCAUCGCAAAGACGGAUCAGUGGACUUCCAUCGUGGCUGGAAGGACUACAAAACUGGUUUUGGGGACCCCUCUGGAGAGUACUGGCUGGGGAAUGAUGUCAUCCACCAUGUGACCAGCUCCCAGGAGUACAGUCUGCAUGUCCUGCUGCAGGAUGGACAGAGGAACCAAGCCUACUCACACUAUGACCACUUCUACAUAAAUGGAGAGGACAAGAACUACAGCCUCCAUACCCAGGGCUUCAGUGGCACAGCAGGCAAGACCAGCAGUCUGACCCACCCUGGUACCCCGUUCAGCACCAAGGACAGGGACAACGACCGCUGCAGCUGUAAGUGUGCCCAGAUGGCAUCAGGAGGUUGGUGGUUUGAAGCCUGCGGGCCGUCCAACCUCAACGGGAUCUUCUACCCCGGAGUCUCCAACAUGGUUCGCUACAACGGCAUCAAGUGGUACUACUGGAAGGGCCCGGGUCUGAUGGCUACCAUGACGACCAUGAUGGUCCGCCCUGCAGACUUCUGAUGGCGCCGGCUGAUGAUGUCAUAUCAUGCAGCGGUGUCUGACAUUGAACAUUUUCUGGAAGAGAGAGUUGAUGAGAAGCUGAGAGUUGAUGUAAGAGUGAAUGAGGACUGGGGAUGCACAGUAGACUGUAAGAACACACUGUUGUGUUUCUGGUUAUUAGUGAAAGUACAGUCUCUUUUAUGUAUUCUUCUUUGGUUCUUCAUACACAACAUGAAUGUUACAAACAAGUCUCUGAAUGUUGCCAGCUAAACCGCAGAGAUUCUCUCAUUCUUAUGAACCUUUUUAUUUCAAAGAGAUUUACCUCCUUAUGCUAAAUUAAAGGUGGUGUAUUUUUAGUAAGUUUAUUCAAUUUCCAAAGCAGAAUUAUUUUAAUAAAAAAGUAAUAAAAUCCAUAUUUUCUGGG